AUGAAACUACAAAGGAAUGAGCUGUAGUUAUUUGGCUUUCAGUAUAUAGAGUGGGGUUUGUGUGGCAUAUUAUUUGCUGUUUGCCUGAUAACUUAAUGAUUUUGUAUUUAGAUGCUACUUCUGUAGAACAUCUGUUUACAGGAUUUGAUAUAAAACAGUGAAACUGACUUGGUAUGAAUUUAGUUAGGAACGUCCUCAGUGAAUUGAUUUCUGGCUGAUUUGGUGCAAAGAUCCCAGAGAUUGAAGCAGGAAUGUACACAAAGCAAGAAAGAGACUGCAGGGAAGAAGAAGCAAUGCAUAAUUUGUGUGCUACAAAUAAAAGAACAGAGCAGUGUUGUACGGAGCAUAGAGAGAGACUGGAGUUAUUUUGUAAGGAGGACGAGACCUUUAUCUGUGUCCUGUGUGUUCCCAGACAUUCUAGCCACAGUUUUGUGUUCCUGCAUGAGGCACUCAGUGUGUAUAAGGACAAGAUAAAAAUAGCUUUAACAUCUCUAGAAUCCAAAGAGAAAGAAUUUAAAUACAUGCAAAACCAUCAUGAGAAGGAAAUUGGAGAUAUAAAAGAAGAGGUUUUUAAUUUGGAGAAAUACAUUAAACAACAAUUUGCAGAAUUGCACCAGUUUCUCCUAGACAAGGAAGAACAACUCAUCCAGCAGCUGAAGAAUGAUGAAGCAAAUACUCUAAAAUGGAUGGAAGGAAAUCUUGAGUGCAUUAAACAAGAGAUCGUUACCUACCUUGUGACAGACUCUGAUGGCAACUUGGAGGACAAGAUUAAAGAAGAGGACAGCCUGAAAAUAAUGGAAGAAAAUGUUAAAUCUGUUGAAAAUGAUGCUGUAGCCAUUAUGGGCGUUAGUCACAGCAACAUGGAGAUCACACAACCGGAACCUGUUGGUUUGCUAACAGUACCAGGAACUUUUGAAGAUGUCACAGUUACUUUCACAGAAGAGGAAUGGAAAAUGUUAAGGAAACAAGAUAAGGAGCUGUACAGGGACGUGAUGGUACAGAACUAUGAAACCUGUGUGUCUGUUGGAUACAAAAUUCCUCCAGAGAAGUUAUUAUGGCUAUUUAAAGCAGAUGAAGUUCCAAAGGAUAUUGUGAAGGGAAUAAAUAUCUCGAAGCAGAAGGAUCAUUCUGAAGAUAACUUCAACAGUAUGAAGAGUGCAGACUGCAAUGUGAAUUGCAGUCAACAGCCAACACUUGUGAGAUCACAGUUGCAUCACCCUAGAAGGAACCUCCAGCAGAGGUCUCAACCUGGAAAGGACAUUAACGAGGUGUAUCUCACUCAUGUACCACAGCUUCUUUCAGAUCAUCACUGCCACCAAACCCCUGAAUGUGACAAUGGAGCACCUGCAGCACAUCACCCGACAGAGCAUCUACUACCACUGCGUACUCAGCCAGUGAAGGUGUAUGAUGAGCUUUCUCUUACUCCUACUCCAAGACUUCAAUCAGGACAUGGCUGCAGCAGGAGCUCUGAAUGUGACACUGGAACACCUGCAGCACAUCAUCUGACAGAGCAUCUACAGCCACGUGCUCAGCAGGUGAAGGUGUAUGACGAGCUUUCUCUUACUCCUACUCCAAGACUUCAAUCAGGACAUGGCUGCAGCAGGAGCUCUGAAUGUGACACUGGAACACCUGCAGCACAUCAUCUGACAGAGCAUCUACAGCCAUGUGUUCAGCAGGUGAAGGUGUAUGAUGAGCUUUCUCUUACUCCAAGACUUCACUCAGGACAUGGCUGCAGCAGGAGCUCUGAAUGUGACACUGGAACACCUGUAGCACAUCAUCUGACAGAGCAUCUACAGCAACGUGCUCAGCAGGUGAAGGUGUAUGAUGAGCUUUCUCUUACUCCUACUCCAAGACUUCACUCAGGACAUGGCUGCGACAGGAGCUCUGAAUGUGACACUGGAACACCUGCAGCACAUCAUCUGACAGAGCAUCUACAGCCACGUGCUCAACAGGUGAAGGUGUAUGAUGAGCUUUCUCUUACUCCUACUCCAAGACUUCAUUCAGGACAUGGCCGCAGCAGGAGCUCUGAACAUAACACAACUAAGAGAUUUCACUCAAAAAAAGAAACGCACAAAUGUGGUGAAUGCAAUAAAUCUUUCACACAUGCCAGUAGCCUGAGAAAUCAUAAAGUCGUUCACACAGGAUUGAAACCAUAUAAAUGUACUGAAUGCAGUAAGUGUUUCACACAGCUAAGCAGUCUUCAAAGUCAUUAUGUCAUUCACACAGGAGUGAUGCAAUAUGAAUGUUCCGAGUGCAAUAAAGGUUUCACACAUGCCAGUAGCCUGAGAAAUCAUAAAGUCAUUCACACAGGAUUGAAACCAUAUAAAUGUACUGAAUGCAGUAAAUGUUUCACACGGCUAAGCAGUCUUCGAAGUCAUUAUGUCAUUCACACAGGAGUGAUGCAAUAUGAAUGCACUGAGUGCAAUAAGAGUUUCACACAGCUAAGGAAUCUUAAAAAUCAUUAUGCCAUUCACACGGGAUUGAAACCAUAUAAAUGUACAGAGUGCAAUAAGGGUUUCACACAGCUAAGGUAUCUUAAAAGGCAUUAUGCCAUUCACACGGGAUUGAAACCAUAUAAAUGUGCAGAGUGCAAUAAGAGUUUCACACAGCAAAGCAAUCUUCGACGGCAUUGUGCCAUUCACACAGGAUUGAAACCGUAUAAAUGCACUGAGUGCAAUAUGUGUUUCACAGUGCUAAGCAACCUUCAAAGGCAUCUUUUCACUCACACAGGAGAGAAGCGAUAUGAAUGCACUGAGUGCAAUAAAGGUUUCACACGGCUAAGGAGUCUUCGAAAACAUUAUGCCAUUCACACAGGAUUGAAACCAUAUAAAUAUACUGAGUGCAAUAAGGGUUUCACACAGCUAAGUAAUCUUUGACGGCAUGCCAUUCACACAGGAUUGAAACCAUAUAAAUAUACUGUGUGCAAUCAGAGUUUCACACAGCUAGGCAAUCUUUGAGGGCAUUAUGCUAUUCACACAGGAUUGAAACCAUAUAAAUGUACUGAGUGAAAUAAGGGUUUUACACAGCUAAGUAAUCUUUGACGGCAUUAUGCCAUUCACACAGGAUUGAAACGAUAUAAAUGUACUGAGUGAAAUAAGGGUUUCAUACAGCUAAGGUAUCUUCAACAGCAUUAUGCCAUUCACACAGGAUAGAAACGAUAUAAAUGUACUGAGUGCAAUAAGGGUUUUAUACAGCUAACGUAUCUUCAACGGCAUUAUGCCAUUCACAAAGUAUUGAAAUCAUAUAAAUGUACCGAAUGCAAUAAGAGUUUCACACAGCUAGGCAGUCUUCAGCAUUAUGCCAUUCACACAGGAAAGUCCAAAUGGAGAGACGAAAAGUCAGCAAUCAAAGGAGAGUAGUAGUGCUGAAAUUGAAUUCAUCCUCCAGUCUUGGUGAGUACCUUCGUGAAGUGGACCCUGGUUUCACAAAAUCUCCCCAAGGCAAUACUUAUAUAGAGACUGUAUUUAUAUAGCAUAUAUCAUGGACAGAAGUAGGUCAAAAGCUAAAAAACACAGCUGGGUGCAAGAAACCCAGAAUAAAAGAGUGCCCAAUCCUGGUAGGUGCACUGGUGCCAGGACUGGAAAAGAUGACUUGUGUAGAAUCCUCGAAACACUGAAACAGUACUGCAAUGAGGCUAGGCCAGGCCCAGGAGGAGGAUGAACCCCCUGUUGUAGAAGGAAGUAGUAGUCCACAAAAAUCAGAAAAAAUGAUAGGCCAAAG